GCUUGGGGUAGCAAAGUACGCUGAAUUAAAUAACAAUAAACAUGAUUUUAGUGGACAACAGCCAAUUCAGUGGAGACCCAUUUUGUGGAGCACAGUAUCGGUCCAAAUCGGCUAGGCGGUGGCGCCAGAAAAAGCCAAGGCUGGGUAAGGGGAACAGCAGAAAAAAGGUCUCGCCACCUCGGGACUAGAGGUCCUUGAUCGCGCAGCUUUAUCCACCACCGGCCUGUCCCUGAAAUACCGCCCACACACACCCUUCAAGUUCCGACCCUUUCAGAGAAAGUCUCUCACCGGUGCUUCCUCCCUUACAACCAAUCCUUCCCUUCCUACUUUUUCUCCUAUUUUCCACCUCGAUAAAGCCAUACACAUUGGUAUUUCUUGGUAAGACAAUUGCAAGCGAGACAAUCGCCCCUUGAGGACAAGUUUGUAAACACAAUGAAUUCGACGCUAUUGUCGGCUCCCCCGGAGACUUACUGGGGCCAGUUUGAAGAAAUUUCCAAAUACAAUACCCAUUUAAAUGUACUCGAGAGGCUAUGGACAGCAUGGUAUGCUUGGAUGCAAAAUGACGUCCUGGCGACUGGCAUCAUGUCUUUUGUUAUGCACGAGAUCGUCUAUUUCGGGCGCUCCCUGCCUUGGAUCUUCAUAGACAGCCUGGGCCUGCUCAAGGGUUAUAAAAUCCAAAGUAAUAAAAUUCCGUCAUUGCGCGAGCAAUGGGAUUGUGCGAAAUUUGUCCUACUGAGCCAUUUUACAGUUGAACUACCUCAGAUCUGGCUAUUCCAUCCCAUGGCUCAAUUCUUUGGCCUUUCGACAUCAGUUCCUUUCCCUACCUUUUGGACAAUGGCCUACCAAAUUGCGAUCUUCUUCGUGCUUGAGGAUACAUGGCACUACUUCUCGCACCGAGCACUUCAUUGGGGUCCCCUCUACAAGGCCAUUCACAAGAUCCACCACCAAUAUUCGGCCCCCUUUGGCAUGGCAGCUGAAUAUGCUUCUCCAAUCGAAGUUAUGAUUCUCGGUUUCGGUACUGUCGGCUGCCCAAUCCUCUGGUGCGCAGUAACCGGUGACCUGCACAUUUUCACAAUGUACGUUUGGAUUGUACUGCGGUUGUUCCAAGCUAUCGACGCACACAGCGGUUAUGAAUUCCCUUGGAGUCUCCAUCAUUUCCUGCCAUUCUGGGCGGGCGCUGACCACCAUGAUCUUCACCACGAGAAAUUUGUCGGUAACUAUUCUAGCAGCUUCAGGUGGUGGGAUUAUCUUCUGGAUACUGAGUACAGCCCAGAGGCAAUCAAACGACGGAGGGAGAACAAGGCUGCAGGCGACGCUAGGAAGGACCAGUAAUAGUUGUUUCGCAAUUAUUAGCCGCCUCCUCGAUCUUGUUCAUUUAUUUUUACUUUCCCCCUUCAUCACUUCCUUUCCCUGCAUAGAUGGGUUGUCUCGGAACUUGAUAUCGAGUUAUCUUGUCUAUACAUUUGCAAACCACGUGUCUGAUAUACAGCAGACUUUCGAUCCUGUUGAGGAAAAUGCGGGGGUAUUCAUUUUACUGCCAUUGGAUUAUGGCCUAUACUGUGGUUCCAUGUAUUAAUUUAACAACAUUAGCUAAUUUUAUAGAAUACCUGUCACAUGAGGAUCGCAUGACUAUGUCCUGUAUUUACUAAGGUCUUACCGACCCCCACUUUUGUCAUGAUAACACAUACAGAGGAUGGGUGUGAAAAGAUUGUGCUGAUCCCUACAGGUAUGUUCGUAUAUCUUUUCCUUGUAUGAAUUUGGUCAGCUGUACAGAGACAUGUUGCAAAAGUGAUCGAAUAAGUGGGGUCCUGGUCAUGUGACUUGACGGCCAAUCUUAUGCACUUGCAAGGUAGUAUAUACUAGUUGUGUUAUGUGGAAGUAAGUUGUUCCUUUCAUUAAGUGCACCGUGAGGGCGCGGAUAUACCGCGGUAGGCGGUCAACUACAGCAGAAUAGAAGUAAAUAGAAGUAUAUAACAUUAGUGUUGUGGUUGUCUGCUAUUCUGCCAACCUACCGAUUAGCGGUAGGAAAGAUGGUAAAGGAGCCGCUUAUCAGCUAUUAGUAUACUAAUAAUAAA